AUAAGAGUGAGUGAAGCCUAGUGUUGAGUCACUGGUUGAGCUUUCUUUCACAGUCAUUGUUCAUUGGCUAAUAAUAGGCCUAAUUUAUUCAGUCGUGGUGACUUGUUAGAAUUUAUAACCAGGACCUUGACCUUGAUAUUAUUGCUAUAAGUUACUAAGUUUUGGCCGAGCAAGUCUGUAUCUAAUAUUUUUAUAUAAAUCAGUUCCCUUCUAUUCUGUAAAAGAUGGGCGAUCUGAGAUUUGAUGGAAGAGUUGUGGUCAUAACAGGAGCUGGUGCAGGCUUGGGUCGUGCGUACGCUCUUCUGUUUGCCUCUAGAGGUGCUAAAGUUGUAGUCAAUGACCUCGGAGGGGGCAGACACGGCGACGGGAAGAGUUCUGCGGCUGCUGACUCCGUCGUUCAAGAGAUAAAAUCCAAAGGAGGUAUAGCAGUUGCCGACUACAACUCAGUGACUGAAGGAGAUAAAAUUAUUGAAACAGCUUUGGCAAACUUUGGCCGUGUGGACGUGGUUGUGAACAAUGCUGGCAUUCUGAGAGACAAGUCCUUUGCACGUAUCAGUGAUACAGACUGGAAUUUGAUCCACGAUGUUCAUCUGAAGGGUGCCUUCAAGACCACACAGGCUGCUUGGCCACAUUUCCAGAAGCAAAACUACGGCCGAGUCAUCAUGACUUCAUCCAACUCUGGGCUUUACGGCAACUUUGGCCAGGCAAAUUACAGUGCUGCUAAGAUGGGAUUGGUGGGGUUGGCCAACACUCUUGCUAUCGAAGGUCGCAAGAAGAACAUACAUUGUAAUGUCAUUGUACCAACUGCUGCCUCUCGCCUAACUGAAGAUAUUCUACCUCCAGAUUUCUUCGCCGAGCUAAGGCCUGAGCUGAUUGCUCCUGUGGUAGUGUGGCUGUGUCAUGAGAAGUGUCAAGACUCAGGAGCUAUCAUAGAAUCUGCGGCAGGAUGGGCUGCUAAAUGUGAGCUGGUGAGAGGUGUAGGUAGUCCGUUGAGACUCAGGUUGAGUGAUGUUGUCUCUCCAGAAGAUGUACAGAACUACUGGGAGAGAGUGACGGACAUGAGCCAAGCAAUUGCUCUCGGAUCCAUCCAGGAAGCUACAGGAACUCUGAUGGGAACUUUGGAACAAAUGCGGGAAAAUGCAACAUCUUCCACGCCAGUUGAAGAAUCAGUGUAUGUCGUAACAAGUAAAGACAGCAUUCUUUACGCUUUGGGGGUUGGGGCCAGUUUAACUGACAGCGCCAAUUUAAAGUAUUUGUAUGAGAACCACGAAGAGUUCAGCGCUCUUCCGUCAUACGCUUGUAUUCCCAGCCAGAUGGCAAUCAUGACUUCGGACAUAUCCUCGCAGAACCUUAUUCCAGGCCGAUCUUUUGAUUUGUCUCAGGUGCUACAUGGAGAGCAAUACGUAGAGUUGUUCAAGCCGAUGCCUACCAGUGGAGCUCUAGUCUCUAAGGUGACGGUGGCUGAUGUCCUUGACAAAGGGAAGGGUGCUGUCGUACUGUACGAUGUGGACACUUACGACGAGAGUGGAGACAAGGUGUCGUACACACAGCUGGCCGGCUUCAUUGUAGGUGCUGGUGGUUUUGGUGGCAAGAGAGACUCUCCUAAAGCCAUCCCUACUGUGGAUCACCCCAGGAGAAACCCAGACUUUACAGCUAGACAGACGAUCGACCCGAACCAGGCUGCCUUGUACCGGUUGUCAGGUGACCUCAACCCUUUACACAUUGACCCGAGCUUCGCCUCUGUGUCGGGUUUCCCGCGGCCGAUCCUUCAUGGCUUGUGUUCGCUCGGCUACUCGUUGCGACUUGUGUUGAAAACCUACGGAGACAACAACCCAGCCUACUGCAAAGCCUUCAAGGCCCGUUUUGUGAAACCCGUUUUUCCCGGAGAAACCCUGAAGGUAGAUAUGUGGAGAGAAGGAAACAGGAUCCAUUUUGAAACAUCCGUCAUGGAAUCAAAGAACACCGUUAUUGCUGGAGCCUACAUGGACCUGACCAGACAGUGUCCCGUGGUCUCACGUCACCUGACUGCAGCGACACAACUCAAGAGUCAGGAAGUGUUUGCUGGAAUGCAGGAACGCAUCAACGCUGACGUAGAGAAGGCCAAGUCAGUCAAGGGAGUGUUCCUUUGGAACAUCACGAAGGGAGGAAAAGUCGAGGGGCAGUGGACUCUGGAUCUCAAGAAGGGUUCGGUGUACAAGGGAGAGCCUGAGGCUGGGACUAAGGCUGAUACAACUCUCACUAUUGAUGAUGCUGAUAUGGUGGACAUGGCUCUUGGGAAGCUCAAUCCCCAGUCUGCCUUCAUGAAGGGAAAACUGAAGAUAAAAGGGAACAUUAUGUUGACACAAAAACUUAAAACCCUAAUAUCAGCUGAGGCCAAACUGUGAGGAGGAUUCACCAAAGAAAACUGUACGAGGUUUAUGGAAACGGGGUUACUGUACUGUUAUAGUAUUAUUGAGGCUCAAAUAGUAUAAAGACUGUUCCAAAUAUAUAACUUAAAAAUAUUAUUUGUUCAUAGAUGCACUUACCUAGCGUUUCAUAGUUUUUCAAGUCUUUAAAUUGUGCAACUCUUUCAGAUGAAUUUGUUACUUUUAUAUAUUAUUUGUUUGUAUAUGUAUUUACUAUUUUUACUCCUAUUGUACUACAUUCCUCAUGAGUAGGACUUAAGGUUUUAGGAUCUAACAGAUUUUAUGUUCAUUCUUUUUUGUAAAAUUUGCAAUUGAGUAGACAGAUUGAGACUAAAUUUACUUGUAAAAUUCAUCUACAAUCAUUUGUGAUUAUUUUUCAAGAGUGGAUUUGGAUUAAUCUAAUUUGUGAAUUGUGUUUUAGUUAGUUUUAUAUUCUACCCUUGUUAUUAUAGUCAUGUCUUUUGUUAUAAAGUAUACUAUGUAUUGUUAUGGAAAA